AGGGCAGAGCUGCUGGCCAUUGACGAAGAAGCAGUGAGACACGCGCAUUGCCUUUGCCGCAGCUCAUUCCCUACAGAAGGCGGUUGAUGGUACUUCACUGUUGAAAAUCACAGGCAUCGCUUCCUACUGACGGUCCACGGACUGCGGGAUCAGCUUUCCCCAAACUUCCAGUAAGACCCUUUCUUCCCAGUUGGAGACCAGCUCCACCCAACACACCCAGCAGCCAUGGCAGAUGACUCGGAUAUGCGCAAUGAGCUGUCGGACAUGCAGCAACGUGCAGACCAGCUGGCCGAUGAGUCACUGGAGAGCACCCGCCGUAUGCUUCAGCUUGUGGAAGAGAGUAAAGAUGCCGGUAUCAGGACUCUGGUUAUGCUGGAUGAGCAGGGAGAACAACUCGAUCGUGUUGAAGAUGGCAUGAACCAUAUCAACCAAGACAUGAAGGAGGCUGAGAAAAAUUUAAAAGAUUUAGGGAAAUGCUGUGGCCUUUUCAUAUGUCCAUGUAACAAAAUGAAGAGCGGAGCCAGCAAGGCCUGGGGAAACAACCAGGAUGGAGUGGUGGCGAGCCAGCCGGCCCGUGUGGUGGAUGAGCGCGAACAGAUGGCCAUCAGUGGAGGUUUCAUCCGCAGGGUAACGGAUGACGCCCGGGAAAAUGAGAUGGACGAGAACUUAGAGCAGGUGGGAGGCAUCAUCGGUAACCUGCGCCACAUGGCCCUGGAUAUGGGCAAUGAGAUUGACACCCAGAACCGCCAGAUCGACAGGAUCAUGGAGAAGGCUGAUUCCAACAAGACCAGGAUUGAUGAAGCUAACCAGAGGGCCACAAAGAUGCUCGGCAGUGGCUAAGCCUCUGAUCUGCCUGCUUUUACCAACCGUGCAGUUUGUAAAAAAGGCAAUGCGCUUAUAAUGGUAUUUACCUUCUAGGUUUGCACACAUGCACAUAUCACCCGGCCCUCAUUGUAAAUGUCGUUCUAUGUGUCGUCCGUCAGCUUUUUCAAUGAUUGUCCUCGUAAAUGAUUUCUUAAACUCUGUUACAUUCUUUCCAAAGGUUGUAUAUAGUGCUGACUCGAUGGCUUCCGCUCACUUGUGAAGUUUUUAUUCUGUUUAUGACCUAUAUACAUGUAUGUAUGUAUGUAUACAUAUAUCUGCCUGUAUACGUAUACAUAUAUGUGGAUAUAUCGAUUUUUUUUUUGCUGGAAGGAAAUAUAUACUAGGAAUGCUCUACAAUGCUGUCUUUCUUUUUCAGUAUCUCAGUAUCGUCUUUGUAAAACUGUGUCAAACCACUCUGCUACUGUCAUGCUCCUUAUUUUGAUGUUGUCAUGACAAAUGAAGAAUGGGAUAAAAGAUUACACGUAAUGCAGCAAGCACUUACAAUCAACGUCUUUGGUUCAUAUCCCUCAUCACGACCAUUAUCAGUUACUGUUUAGACUAUGUGCAACUAGAUUCUGUAGCUGUAGUAACAUUGCAUUCCAAGUGUUGUGAAUUGUGCGUUAUGCAUGACAAAUGGUAGAUCUUAGCGUCUUAUAAAUAAAACCUGUUUUAAAAAGAAUACAAAAAAAUAAAAAUCAUGGCAGUAGCAAAAUUGACAAAAGCAUGCUCUCAGUAUUAGGACACAGUGGAACGUUCCAUAUUACUGCAAGUUUGCAAUAGUGCCACCACUAUUACAGUCAAUACAUAUAUAUAUAUAGAUAUAUAUAUAUAAACAUAUAUAUUCACGGACUGUGACCUUUUGUUGUAAAACAACGCAGUGACUUAAAGAGGUAACGCAACGAGAACGAAACACGGCGGUGUGGCGGUUCUGCAAAAAUGACUUGUUUUCUAAAACGAAUAUGCAGUCGGGUGUAGAAAUGUCCUGAAGGGUGGGGAUUGGUUGUUUACUGUAUCAUAGGUUUUGAUUGCUCUGAAAAAAUAAAUAAUCAUUUGCAAUGUAAAGCAAAGGCGCAUAUUUCUGAGAGACCUUACUUUUAUAAGAAGACUGUAUCCUGUUAGUUUACUUUCCCCGUGUGGUUUGUUAUUGGUAAAAAAUGAUAAUAAUCCAUAACAAAAAAAUAAUAAUUUCAAAAGUUUUUUUUGUUGCUUCUGUACCUAGAGCUAUGCACACCAAAUCGCUAAGAUGUUGAAUAGUUAUUAUAAGAAGUCAAAUAAAUACCUUACCUGAAUGACACAUAGGUUAAACUGUGAAAUCGAUGUCCCCAACGCAUGUAAUAUUAAAACUCCCUCUGUAUCCUGUCAGUCUGUGAAGUGGUUGACAUUUUGUAGCUAGCUGAAUUGAUUAAAAGUUAUAAACCCCUA